AUGGGGUGCUUCAGCUUCAUUAAGGUCAUGAUGAUCCUCUUCAAUAUGCUCAUCUUUCUGUGUGGUGCAGCCCUGUUGGCAGUGGGCAUCUGGGUGUCGGUUGAUGGACCAUCCUUCAUGAAGAUCUUCGGGCCGAUGUCAUCCAGUGCCAUGCAGUUCGUCAACGUGGGCUACUUCCUCAUCGCAGCCGGUGCUGUGCUCUUCGCUCUUGGUUUCCUGGGCUGCUACGGCGCCCACACUGAGAGCAAGUGUGCCCUCAUGACGUUCUUCUUCAUCCUCCUCCUCAUCUUCAUUGCUGAGGUUGCAGCUGCUGUGGUCGCCUUAGUGUAUACUACAUUGGCUGAGAACUUCCUGAUGGCGGUGGUGGUGCCUAAUAUCAAAAAAGAGUACGGUUCCCAAAAAGACUUCACCCAAGUGUGGAACUCCACCAUGGCAGGGCUCAAGUGCUGUGGCUUCACCAACUACACAGAUUUUGAGGGCUCGCCCUAUGUAAGAAUGAACGGUACCUUUCCCCCAUACUGUUGCUAUAACAGUGUUAAUCACUCGUUCGUGGAACCCUGCAACAGUGUCAACGCCCAUAACAUGAGCGUACAGGGAUGCUUCAAACAGCUUCUGUAUGACAUCCGAACCAACGCAGUCACUGUGGGUGGUGUGGCAGCCGGAAUUGGGGGCUUGGAGCUGGCUGCCAUGAUUGUGUCCAUGUAUCUGUACUGCAAUCUGGAAUAA